CAUUGCUGUCCGCUUUAGUAUGUCUCUAUACAUUCUUGGACAGCCAAAACCAUCAAGCAAUAUUUAGACCACUAGUUUCUAUCCUUACUUCCUGCUUCCAUCCCACUUCACUUUUCUCGGAACCAGUCAAUUUGUUAUUCGGGAUUACUGAUUAUAUUCUACAUAAUGGCUAGCCUUCGAGAAAAAUUACGCAAACGCACUACGGCUCGCCCUGAAGUAGACACGGAAGAUUUGGGAUACUUGACAGAUCCUCAAUUGCCCUCGCUAACUAAGGAUCGACAUGUCAUAGCAGAAAAAUUGAAAGCCAAGCAAUACUCCCUACGCCGGCGUUUCGUGCUGGGUCUCGAUCGUAAAAAGGCUCUGCCAACAUGGCAGCAUAUAGAGCAUAGUGCAGUCUGCGAGGAAAACCAGGAUCCACAGCCAUCCUUGAUUCGAAAGGGCAUCAACUCCCUCUCAUCGUCUUUAAGAGACCGGUUUUCCUCGGAUACCUCUACUGACAGUGAAGGUCAGGGCCGCCGCCCAUCCGUCAUACGGAAGAGCAUCAGCUCCGUGUCAUCGUCACUCAGGGGUAUUCGCUCUUCUAUAAGCUCUCGACCAUCACAAGAUGGAUCAACCGAAUAUCAUACCAGUCCAGAAAAUACGGGUACGUUGGUCAACUUUCAAGGUAUUCCAAGGCGCAAUAGCUUGGGUCAUAUAUCCAGCACAUCAUCCGGCCAAGAUUCUGUUCCUAGACUUCCUGAUCUAGACACGAUGGUUGCGAACCUUGAAGUAGGAGAAAAGAUUACUGGGGGUCGAUCACCAAACAUGGCCUUCAAUAUGAGUAUAUUUGAUAACCUUGAUAGACCUUAUAUGGCAAACUCGAGUGACGAAGCUGCGACAGGACAGGAAGAGCCAAUAGCUAGGCAACCUUCUCCCAUUCCAGAACGUUUUCCAGUCCGAAUUAAGCGUCCUGAUCUAGCAGUCGCCGAGAGAAUAGCAGGACCAAGAGUCGGUCAAGAGGAUCUUCCGACUAUCGCGAGCGAUCAGGGUCCUGUAGAUUGUCCAGCGCAAAAUAAUGCCAAUUUGAACGGGACACCUAAGAACUGGAAGGUUCCCAUGCACCGGAUUGACCGCAUACUAGAGACCUCAGUAACUAUGCGAGAGCAAGGGUGCCAAGUAUACAAACCGAUCCCUGAUUGUGAGAUCAGAGAAAGGAUUCGGCGUUUGGAGUCCAGGGUAUACGUUUUUAUCCCAGACGAAAACGACAACAGCAAGCCAUGGCCAAGAAAUCGCUAUUCUGAUCUCGAGACUGCCCUCAAAGAUUUGUGUGCCCGAUUCAAGCCGUACUACGCCAGCUUUGCAGCCUUUACCCCCGAGGCUCGCGCUAUCCAACUUUUCCCCUCCAACUUCAGACUGCCACAGGGAAUGAGCCUUGUUCCGGGAACAAUCAUCUUUAACAUACAGGAGGCAAUAGACAAUUGGUACGCCGGGUCGCCGAUCGAUGGACCGAGCGAAGAAGAGGAAGAAAUGAAAGAGUCAGUGACUACGCAGACGGACUCCAGCAUAGCCACAGAGCCGGAGAUAUACACAAUGCAAGAAUACAAACAGCCUUACGUGUAUGAUACCGACAAGGCGUCCCUGGAUGACGGCAUACGGGAGCCUGGGAUAUCGGCUCUUGCUAAGCACAAGCUAGGAAGCUCGGAAGAAUCGUUGCUGACGGACGAUUAUGAUAUGACUAUAGCGUCAAAAAUGGGAUUCGUCCCCUAAACGGCAUUGGCUAGAUUUGACCAGCUGCGCUUGUUUGGAAGACACUUCUAUACAGCAUGUCUUAGACCCCUGUCUUGGGGGUUUGGUGUAAGAAAUAGGUUAACAUUCGUUUCUUGCUGCAAGUGGGAUAGAGUCGGCUGUUCUAUGAAGAAUAGACUUAGGUAGAUCGGUAGAUUAAGAAUAAAGGAAGAUUGUCUAAGCAAAGCUACAUAAUAUAUGAGAUGGACUAUGG